AUGUCAAUUCUACCGCCCGGCGCCAAUUGCAGUAAUUUCGUAUGCACGAAUAAGACACGAUGCGUGGUCAACGAGUUCGAGUGAGUCUGCUUGAGAGUUCAUAAGGGCAUUUGAUUAGGUUAUUAGAUGAGAAAAGACGGCGUGAGUAAUUGGCUUGAUUUGGAGCGCUAAAUUUGGAUAAAUCCGUGAAUAUAUAAAAAAUCUAAUAUGAAUACACCAUGAAAAUGCUUUUUCUGGGGCAAAGAAAGUUUAAGCGAAGCAAAUUUAGCAUUACAACAAGAUUUAGGGAGGUUUUAUGAAAAUCAAAAAUUUGAUGACCAAGUACAAUAUAAUCAAGAUUUUACAUUAAAAUCUUCAUUAUAUAGCCUCAGCAGUCACCAGAAAUGCUGACUAAUGAACUGUUCAAGUUUCUGAGAGUUCGCCUCAAAUCAAUUUUAACUUCAAAAUUAGAAAUUUUAAUAGUAAUUCCAUAAAAUCCGUAAUCAUGACAUCUUUGCAGAUCAAAAAUUUUAAGUUAUUUGUUAGAGAUCGCGUUUAAAUUGGUCCUUUACCUACCUCAAAAAAUUUCAAGCUUUCCAAAAACCCCCCUAAGGCUGUUUUUUAUUUUUCAGAUGACGGAUUUUCUAGAAUUUUGGUAAAAGAAUGAUUUUUUGGCGAUUUUAGCCUUCAAAAUGAUGACUAUUGGCUUAUAAAGGAAGAAAAAAAUGACUAACGUAUUUUACAAUCCAUCACAGUUCUCUGUAGCAUCAAAAACUAAUCAAAUUUUCGUAUUUUAGCCAAGGAUUGGGCUGUUUUCUGCCGGUGGUCCACUUACAAGAAUACACAGUGCCCGAGCUCAUCCUCUGGGGCUUUAUCAAGCUCUGCUCCGCCUUCACGAUGCUCUCACUUGCUGGAGCGGCCGUCCUGUUGGUCAUCAGUUGUUUGUACGCCUGCGGCGAGGGCACCACGUUCUUGGCGCGGAAGUAUCGAUCGCAUGUUCAGAACUCGAAUCCCCUCCCUUCGUAUGAGCAGGCCAUACGAAAUUCGAGACCAAAAUAG